AUGUCGGGCAUCAAGACUACCCCUUCCGACGACAGCUAUGUCGAGCUCUCGGCCACCAGUAGCCAGAGCAGCAACAAUAGCAAUGGCUUGCUCCUUCGAGCCUUGACCAUCGCCUCCGCAACCGGUAUCGAGGUCAACAUCCCCGUUCCCUCGCAACCUUUCGACGCUUGGAUCGUCGCUGACGUACUUCGCGAGGAGUUCCAGCGAUCUCUUGCCUCGUCUGAGGCCAACGACGUGCUUGAGGUGCAGGAGGAGCAGGAACAGGCUGGGGCUGCUGACAAGGCCGCAGGCGAGGCCAAGAUCAACCUCGCUGCCAAGUUCCUCGGCUUCCUCGCCUCGCGCGCCACGCUCAAGACCUCAAGCCACGAGCUCAACCUCCUCCAGCACGCUUGGGCUCACUUUCACGACGAAUUCCUUGCUACCCGCGGUAGCGUCCACGACUUGGUCGCUGCUAUCGACUCGGACCUUCGCACGCCUGUGCUGCGCAGCUACUUUGAAGCUUAUGUCCAGCUCGAGUCGGCAGGCCAGGCCAAGCCUUCACUCAUCACCCCCAAGCUCUUUUCGCUCUCGGCCCAGAACAAGGCCGAGGUGCAUGCUGUCUUCGGUGGCCAAGGCAACAACGAGGCGUACUUCAAGGAGCUGCGGACCCUUUUUGACACGUACCGACCGCUCGUUCAGCCUUUGCUCGAGUCUAUCCAGCCCGUCUUGGACAAGCUUGUCCAGGAUGCCGUCAAACAAGGUUUUGCCAGCUACUACAUCCAUGGCAUGGACGUGCUUGCCUGGCUUACCGGCGCUGCGCCCGAGCCCGCUGUCUUGUACUUGGCCAGCGUCCCGCUCAGCUUGCCCCUCAUCGGUCUGACGCAGAUCACCCAGUUCCUAGUCAGCAUCCGCGCCUCUGGUCUUACCCCGGCCGAGUUCCGCUCGCAGAUCAAGAGCGCCACUGGUCACUCGCAGGGUAUCAUCUCGGCCGUUGUUCUUUCGGCUUCCGACAGCCUUGAGUCGUUCUACGUCAAUGUCGCCAAGGCGCUCGAACUGCUCUUCCACAUCGGCAAGCGCGGUCAGGAAUUCUUCCCCACGCUCGCCAUCGACCCUGCACUCGUCAAGGACACCGUCGAAGGCGGUGAGGGCGAGCCUACGCCAAUGCUUUCUGUUUCGGGUCUCGAGCAGACCGUCCUCGAGAAGCAUAUUCAGAAGACCAACUCGCACCUCGCCGAGUCGCAGGCCGUGUCGAUCUCGCUGUUCAACGGUCCUCGCAGCUUCAUUGUUACCGGCUACCCCAAGGCUCUUGUUGGUCUCGUCGGCAGCCUUCGCGCCAUCCGCGCUGACACAGGCGCCGACCAGGGCAAGAUCCCCUUCAGCAAGCGCAAGGCCGUUUUCCGCAUGAACUUCUUGCCUGUCGGUGUUCCCUACCACUCGAGUUACCUGAUCGGAGCCACCGAAAAGAUGCUUCAAGAGGACUAUGCCGGCCGCACCAUUGUGUGGGAUGCUUCGGAGCUCAAGACUACUGUCAAAAACACUGAGGACAGCUCGGACCUGGCAAGCUACUCCUCCGAAGACAUCCUCAAGAGCAUCGCCGACCAGAUUUUCGUCAAGCACAUCUACUGGUCCAAGGUCUCUGACCUGCCCAAGUCGGCCACCCACCUCAUCGACUUUGGCACGGGCGGUCUUUCUGGUAUUGGCGGUCUCUCAGCUCGCAUUCUCGAAGGGCGCGGUGUGAGGAUCCUUACUCCAAGCGGCACGCACGCUCGCAGCACCGAGCUCUACAACGCCUCCACCGUCAAGUUUGAGGAGCGCUGGGAGGAUGUCUGGUCACCUCGUCUGAUCAAGACCAAGAACGGCAUCAAGAUCGACACGCCCUUCUCGCGCACCACCGGUCGCGGCAUUCUCAUGGUCGGUGGUAUGACACCCACCACUGUCAGUGCCAACAUCAAUGCUGCUGUGCUCAACGCUGGCUACGUGAUUGAGCUCGCUGGUGGUGGUCUCCACAGCGAGGCCGGCCUCCGCAAGCGAGUCAAUGAGAUCCUCGCUCAGCUCGAGCCUGGUAACGGUCUCGAACUCAACGGUCUCUUCAUCGACCAGCGACGCUUCGGAUGGCAGUACCCUCUCUGGGGCCAGAUGCGACGGGAAGGAUUCCCUUGCAAGGGUUUCACUGUCGCUGCUGGUAUUCCUUCGACUGAGAAGGCUAAGGAGAUCAUCGACGGCCUCAAAGCAGCCGGUAUCGAGUACGUUGGAUUCAAGCCUGGUACUGCCGAUGGCCUCCGCGCCGUUGCUGCCAUCGCUGCUGCCAAUCCUGAUUUCAAGAUUAUCUGCCAGUGGACCGGUGGCCGUGCUGGUGGUCACCACUCGACCGAAGACUUCCACCAGCCCAUUCUCCAGACGUAUGCCAGCCUACGCAAACAGAAGAACCUCAUCCUCGUCGGUGGUUCCGGUUUCGGAGACGCCGAGGGUGUCUGGCCUUACCUCACUGGUGAGUGGUCGGUCAAGCUCGGCUACGCUCCCAUGCCCUUCUCGGCUUUCCUCUUCGCAUCGUGGAUGCUUGUCGCCAAGGAGGCUGCCACUGCGGACGCUGUUAAGCAGCUGCUCGUCGACACUCCCGGCUGUGGUGAUGACAAGUGGCAAGACACCUACGGCAAGGGCGCCGGUGGCACCAUCACAUGCAACUCAGAGCUCGGCGAGAGUAUCAGCUACGUUCACAACCGCGCCGCUGCUCUGUGGCGCCAGCUCGAUGACCAGCUCUUCUCGCUGCCGCGUGAGAAGCAGCGUGUCUGGCUCUCGGAGAAGAAGAGCUGGCUCAUCGAGCGUCUCAACAAGGAUUUCCAGAAGCCCUGGUUCGCUGCCAAGCUCGACGGAACUGUGCUCAUGGACGUUGCCGAUAUGACGUACGAGGAGGUGACUCGCCGCAUGCUUGAGCUCCUCUUUGUUGGCCACCAGAGCCGCUGGAUUGACCCUUCGCUCAAGAAGCUCUUUGGCGACUGGUGCCGUCGCGUCGAAGAGCGCUUCGCCGGUAUUGAGACCGCUGGCAAGAAGGAGUCGCUUCUGCAAAGCUACUCGGUGCUUGACAAGGAGCCUUCCAAGUUUGUCGACGCCUUCUUCGCCGAAUAUACCGGCGCCAAGGAGAUCCGAUUGGCCGCCGAGGAUGUCGGCUACUUCCUCACCAUUUGCCAGCGUCGUGGCCAGAAGCCUGUGCCUUUCAUCCCCGAGCUUGGCGACAACUUCCAGACUCUGUUCAAGAAAGACUCGCUGUGGCAGUCCGAAGACCUCGACGCUGUCGUUGGCAAGGAUGCCCAAAAAGUCAUCAUUCUUCAGGGCUCGGUUGCCGUCCAGCACUGCACUAAAGCCAACGUGCCUGCUGGUGAGAUGCUUGGUGACAUUGAGAAGCAACUCGUGGCCAAGGUGUUGGCCAAGUACUAUGACAACGACGAGUCCAAGGUGCCCGUUGCUGACUACGUAUCCAACGACCCUCUCGCCAUCGACGAGGCCGACGUCUACGCUCGAUAUGGUGUUGAAGCCUCGAUUGAAGGCAACUUAAAGACACUCAAGAUCGGCAGCCAGUUGCCAGACACCACCGAGUGGCUCGAGGCGCUCGCCACCAGGCGCACCAGCUGGCUGCGCGCCCUUCUGCGCAACGUCAGCGUCGUCCAGGGCAAGAACUACGCUGACAACCCGAUGCUGCGCAUGCUUGCUCCUCGCAAGAACCAGACUGCCAAGAUCGCCUACGCUGCCGAUGGCGAGCCUAUCAGCCUCACCCUGUUCGGUGCUGCCCGCUCGUAUGGCGGACAUGACGAUGGCUUUAAGGCACUCGAGAUCACCAAGUCUUCCGACUCGGCCAAGAUCCAGGUGACGCUUUUCGAAGAGCGUCUUGGCGAAUCUAUUCCUCUGCAUUUCUACUUCACCUACCGUCCCGACCAGCCAUUCGCCUCGAUUCACGAAGUCAUGAACGGUCGCAACGACCGCAUCAAGCAGUUCUACUGGCAACUGUGGUUCCACGCCGACAUGCCGGCUGCUGCUCAGCUUGCUGCGGCUACGCAGUUCGAAAGCCCCGUCAAGUCGCUCGACGAGACCGCUAUUCGCACCUUUUGCCGCAUUGUCGAGAAUCGUGGCGAGGUCUUCACCAAAGGCCAGGCUCCUAUGGACUUUGCCAUCGUCGCUGGAUGGGAAGCCAUCAUGCAGGCGCUUAUGGCCAGCUGCGAUGCCGACCUGCUCAGCUUGGUGCACUUGAGCAACUCGUUCAAGGUGAUCGAUGAUGCGCGACCUCUGCGUGCUGGCGACGUUUGCACCGCGACUGCGCACGCCAGCAGCAUCAAGAUCUCAGACACUGGCAAGUCGGUCAGCGUCACUGGCACUGUGCUGCGUAAGGACGCCAGCGGCGACUUUGUACCCGUCAUCUCGGUUGUCUCGAGCUUUUUCUUCCGUGGCCGCUUCACCGACUUCGACACCUGCUUCGAGACCUCGCAGAACGAAUUUACGCUCGAGAUCAAGACCAAGGCCGACGCCACUGUUCUGCUUGCCAAGGAGUGGUUCGACUGGGUCGCUCCCCAGCCUUUGGCUCCUGGCACCGUGCUUCACUUUAACAUCCAGAGCUUGCUCAAGUACAAGGAUAGCACCUCAUACUCGGAUGUCGAGGUUACCGGUGGCGCUUACGUCCGUGACUACAAGGAUGACCUCAUCAAGGUCGGCGAGAUCGAGUACACUGCAGAUGCCAUCAGCUACGGCAACCCAGUCAUCGAGUACAUUAAGCGCAAUGGUGGCGCUUCAACCGGCGGAGUUGCCCCUCUUGAGACCGGCUACACCCUUGGUGCCUCUGGCGUUCCCACCACCUUUGUGGCUCCUGCCACCAAUGAACCUUACUCGAAUGCCUCGGGCGACUUCAACCCCAUCCACAUCAACCCCUACUUUUCUUCGUUCGCCUCGCUUCCUGGCACCAUCACCCACGGCCUUUUCUCGAGCGCAGCUUCGCGCAAGUUCGUCGAGGUUGUCGCUGCCGAGGGCUACCCCGACCGCUGCUUGUCGUUCGAGGCUAACUUCGUCGGCAUGGUGCUGCCUGGCGACGAGCUCACCGUCAAGCUUCGCCAUAUUGCCAUGCGAGACGGCAACAAGGUCAUCAAAGUCGAGACGUUCAACCAGAACGGCGAUAAGGUGAUCGACGGUCAGGCCGAGGUUAAGCAGCCCGCCACUGUUUACGUCUUCACCGGUCAGGGCUCUCAGGAGCAGGGCAUGGGUAUGGAUCUCUACAACUCGAGCCCUACGGCCAAGGCGCUUUGGGACGAGGCCGACGGUCAUUUGCGCAGCACCAUGGGCUUCAGCAUCCUCGAGAUCAUCAACCAGAACCCGCUCACCAAGACCAUCCACUUUGGUGGUGUUCGUGGACACACUAUCCGCGAGCGAUACAUGUCGAUGACCUAUGAGUCGACCGACGCCGAUGGCAACACCGUAACGCUGCCCUUGUUCCCCGAGAUUAGCGCCUCGAGCCAGAGCUACACCUUCCAGUCACCGAAGGGUCUGCUCUUUGCCACUCAAUUCGCUCAGAUUGCCCUUGUGCUGGUCGAGCUUAGCGCCUUCCGUGACAUGAAGCAGCGCGGCCUCAUCACGCCUGAUGCCGCCUUUGCUGGUCACUCGCUUGGUGAAUACGCCUCACUUGCCGCCGUUGCCAGUGUGCUCGAGGUCAAGUCGCUCUGUGAUGUCGUUUUCUACCGUGGUCUCUCGAUGCAGAACUGUGUGCAGCGUGACCCCGUCACUGGCGCCUCCAACUAUGCCAUGAUGGCCUGUAACCCUCUCCGUAUCGUUGGCGAAGGCAACCCGGCUUUCGCUGGUCAAGCGCUUGCCGAGAUUGUCGACUCGAUUAGCAAAGAGUCUGGUCGCCUUCUGCAGAUUGUCAAUCACAACGUCGCUGGUCAGCAGUAUGUCACUGCCGGUGACCUUGUGGCCCUCACCACGCUCGGCAAUGUGCUCAACUUUAUCAAGAUCCAGAAGAUUGACCUCAAGAAGCUCAACGAGAUCAUGCCCAUCGAGGAGGUGCGCGAGAAGCUCGCCGAGAUUGUCCGCGAGGUUCUUUCUGCUGCGCUCGAGGAGGAGAUGAAAGGCCGCAUCGAGCUCAAGCGUGGUUUCGCCACCAUUCCUCUGCCUGGUAUCGACGUGCCCUUCCACUCGCGCUACCUCACCGGUGGUGUGGCUCCCUUCCGAUCGUACCUGUCGAAGCGCAUCAAUGUCGACGCUAUCCGCCCUCAGCUGCUGGUUGGACGUUACAUUCCCAACUUGGUCGCUGCUCCCUUCGAGCUGUCCAAGUCGUACGCCGAGCUCAUCUUCGCUCAGACCGAUUCGCCUCGCCUCGACAAGGUGCUCAAGAACUGGGAGAAGGACGAGUGGGAGUCGCCCGAUCGCGUGCAGAGGCUGACCGCCACGCUUGUCGUCGAGUUGCUCGCCUAUCAGUUUGCUUCACCCGUUCGCUGGAUCGAGACGCAGGACAUCUUUUUCACAGACUACAACUUCGAGAGGCUUGUCGAGUUCGGUCCCAGCCCUACGCUCGUCGGUAUGGCCAAGCGUACCCAGGCGCUCAAGUACUCGGCUGUUGACCUCGCUCAAGGUCGCAAGCGUGUCAUGUACUGCUCAAGCAAAGACAAGGAGGCGCUCUACUACGCCUUUGCGGAUGACGAGAGCGAAGUCGAAGCUGCUCCCGCCGAGACUUCAGCUGCUGCUCCUGUAGCUGCUGCCCCCACCCCCGUUGCUGCGAUUGCUGCUCCUGCCGCUUCCGGUGGUGCUGCUGCUGCUGCCGUGCCUGAUGAGCCGCUCAAGGCUGUUGACACCGUCCGAGCUAUCUUGGCGCAGAAGCUCAAGAAAAACAUCUCCGAGGUGCCUCUUUCCAAGUCGAUCAAGGACUCAGUCGGAGGAAAGUCGGUACUCAGCAACGAGCUCGUCUCGGAUCUCUUGGCCGAGUUCGGCAACCUGCCUGAACGAGGUGAAGAGCUUCCCCUCGAGGAGCUUGGUAGUGCUCUCCAGGCAGGCUACACCGGUACUCUUGGAAAGACCACUUCCAACUUGGUGACUCGAACUGUCGCCGGAAAGCUGCCUGGUGGCUUCAAUCUUUCCGCCGUCAAGUCACACUUCCAGAAGGCUUGGGGUCUUGGCGCCGGUCGCACUGAUGGUGCUUUGCUCGUUGCUGUCACUAUGGAGCCCGCUAAGCGUCUUGGCUCCGAGGCUGAGGCCAAAACUUGGCUCGACUCGGUCGCUCAGACCUACGCCCAGCUUGCUGGCAUCAGCCUCGCCCAGGCUAGCGUCGGCGGCGGAGGCGGUGGCUCGGGUGGGGUUGCCAUCAGCAGCGAGGAGCUCGACAAGCUCAAAGCUCAACAGGAUGAGCACGUUCGUCGCCAGAUCCAGGUGCUCGAGCGUUACCUCAACAUGGAUGGCCGAGCAGGCGGACGUCUCGCGGAGAGCACCAAGGCUGAGCUCGAGGCAGCUCAGGCCCAGCUCGACGCGAUCGCUGCUGAGCAUGGUGACACGUACACUAACGGUAUCAUGCCCAAGUUUACCGAGAAGAAGGUGCGACACUUUAGCUCGUACUGGAACUGGGCUCGCCAAGACGCUAUGACGCUCUUGUACGACAUUAUCUACGGUCGCCUCACCACCGUCGACCGAGAAAUCACUGCUCGUUGCAUCACGCUCAUGAACCGUGCUGACCCGAGCUUGCUGCGAUACAUGCAGUACCACAUCGACCAGAUCGACGCCAACCAGGGCCCCACUUAUGCACUCGCCAAGGAGUACGGUCAACAGCUCAUCGAGAACUGCCGCGAGGCUUGCUCUGAGGAUGCCGUCUACAAGGAAGUUCACGCCCCCACUGCUCCUCACACCGAGAUCGACGCUCGCGGCAACAUUGCCUACAGCGAGGUCAAGCGUGUCGGUGUCCGAAAGCUCGAGGCGUACGUCAAGGAGAUGGCCGCUGGUAGCCGUCUACUCGGCGCUGGCAGCCAGGUCAACCUCGACAAGGCGCAAGAGAACGUCGCCAAGCUGUGGACGCUCAUUCGCAACGAGCCUUCGGUCAGCAAGCUCAGCAAGGCCACCAUCAAGAGCUUGUACAGCGAAGUGGUACGAUCGCUCGGCCCGGCUCGCCAGGCUCGUGCUCCCGUUCGCCAGGCUCCUCGCAACCGUCGCCUCAGCUCGAGCACGCAGAGACCCCAGGUUUCGGACGCUGCUUCCACUGAGGACCGCACUCCUUUCCUCCACGUCAAGAGAAAGGUGGCUGGUCAGUGGCAGCUCAGCCGCAAGCUCACCUCGGUCUACCUCGACAUUCUUGGCGAGAUGGCCUCGCAAGGUGUUAGCUUCAAGGGCCGCAAUGCGCUGCUCACCGGUGUCGGCAAAGCUUCCAUUGGUGUCGAGGUUGUCAAGGGUCUCCUGGCCGGUGGAGCUCGUGUCGUGAUCACCACCUCGAGCUACAGCCGUAGCGUCGUCGAGUACUACCAGCGCAUCUACCAGGAGGUGGGUUCGCGCGGUUCGACACUCACCGUUGUUCCCUUCAACCAGGCUUCCAAGCAGGACGUCGACAACCUCGUCAAGUACAUCUACGGCUCGCUUGACCUCGACCUCGACUUUGUGGUGCCCUUCGCUGCCAUCUCGGAGAACGGCCGAGAGAUCGAUGGCAUCGACGACAAGUCUGAGCUGGCUCACCGUCUCAUGCUUACCAACCUGGUUCGUCUUCUUGGUGCCAUCAAGACCGAGAAGGCUAGCCGCAACUUCGACACUCGUCCCACUCAGGUGCUUCUUCCCCUUUCGCCUAACCAUGGCACUUUCGGUGGCGACGGUCUCUACGGUGAGAGCAAGCUUGGUCUCGAGACGCUGCUCAACCGAUGGGAGAGCGAGAGCUGGGGCCAGUACCUUUGCAUCACUGGUGCCAUCAUCGGUUGGUGCCGUGGUACCGGUCUCAUGUCUUCGUCCAACACCGUUGCGGAAGAGAUCGAGAAGCUCGGCUGCCGCACCUUUAGCACCACCGAGAUGGCUUUCAACUUGCUCGGUCUAUUGGCUCCGACUGUUUCGGCUGUCAGCCAGGUCGAGGCUCUGCUUGUUGACCUCAACGGCGGCAUGGACAAGAUCGUUGACCUCGCCGAGCAGACGGGCAAAUUCCGUGCUGCCAUUCAGGAGGCGUCGUCGACUAAGCGUGCGCUCGUCGCCGACAACUCGGCUGACUUCAAGGUCAUCAAGGGCUCUGCUGCCGAGGCGCUACACAAGAAGGUCCACAUCAACCCUCGCAGCAACUUUACCUUCCGCUUCCCCGAAGUCGGUAGCCUGCAGCUCAACCGCGAGAUCGCCAAGAGCUACUCGCAGAUGGACCUCGAGAAGGUCGUUGUCAUUACCGGUUUCGCUGAGGUGGGUCCAUGGGGUUCGUCGCGCACUCGAUGGGAGAUGGAGGCCUUUGGCCACCUCACCAACGAGGGUGUCAUCGAGCUCGCUUGGAUCAUGGGCUUGAUCAAGCACCACGACGGCCAACUCAAGUCCGGCGCAACCUAUGUCGGCUGGGUCGAUGUCAAGAGUGGCGAGCCCGUCGACGACAAGGACAUUCGUGCCAACUACGAGGAGCACAUCAUUAAGCACGCUGGUAUCCGCCUCAUCGAGCCCGAGCUGUUCCGCAACUACGACCCCAACCGCAAGGGCUUCCAACAGGAAAUCGAGCUCAAUCACGACCUCGAACCGUUCGAGGUGUCGGCCGAGGAGGCGUCCAAGUACAAGCUCGAGCACGGCGACAAGGUCGACAGUUGGCAAGACGCCAACACUGGUGGAUGGUUUGUCGUGCUCAAGAAAGGUGCGCGCAUCUUUGUGCCCAAGGCAGUCGCCUUUGAUCGUCUUGUCGCCGGUCAGCUUCCCACUGGCUGGUCUGGUCAGCGCUACGGUAUCCCCGACGACAUUGUGUCGCAGGUCGACCGCACCACGCUCUGGGCGCUCGUCUGUGCCUCGGAGGCGCUCAUCAACUCGGGUGUCUCGGACCCUUACGAGCUGUACAAGCACUUCCACCCUAGCAAAGUCGGAAGCUGUAUUGGUUCAGGUAUGGGUGGUAUGACGUCUCUCAGCAAGAUGUUCCGCGACCGCCGCAACGACACGGAUGUGCAGAACGACAUUCUGCAAGAGACCUUCAUCAACUCGGUAGCUGGUUGGGUCAACCUGCUCGUCAUGUCGGCGGCUGGUCCCAUCAAGACCGUGGUCGGUGCUUGUGCCACUGCGCUCCAGUCGAUCGACGUCGCCGUCGAGACUAUUCUGUCUGGUAAGGCCGAGCUCAUGCUUGCUGGUGGUUUCGAUGACCUUUCCGAAGAGGGUUCGUACGAGUUCGCGAACAUGAAGGCCACUUCGAACGGCAAGGAGGAGCUGGCUGCCGGACGAGAGCCUUCGGAGCACUCGCGUCCCUUCUCGACCUCGCGCAGCGGUUUCAUGGAAUCGCAGGGUUGCGGUGUUCAGGUGCUCACUACCGCCGCCAACGCUAUCAAGCUAGGCAUGCCUAUUCAGAGUAUUGUCGCCUACUCGAACACGCACACUGACGGUGCUGGCCGCUCGCUGCCCGCUCCUGGUCACGGUGUGAUCGGCAGUGCCGACGGCAUGCAGCGUGCUCUAGCCCGUUUCAACCUUACUGCCGACGACAUUGGUGUCAUCUCGGCGCACAUGACUGCCACCAAGGCCAACGACAAGAACGAGUCGCACGUCUACCAGGAGCUAUUCACGCGCAUGGGACGCACACCUGGUCACGCUGUGCCCGUUAUGGCUCAGAAGUGGCUCUGCGGUCACGCCAAGGGCGGUGCCGCCGCCUGGGCUCUCAAUGGUGUAAUGCAGGCGUUGCACACGUCGAUCGUCUGCGGUAAUCGCAACGCAGAUGACAUUUCGCCAGAGCUCCAGAAGUUUGAUAUGCUGCUGUACAACUCGACUUCCAUUCACCGAACGCCGCACCACGUCAACGCCGCUGCCGUCUCUUCGUUCGGUUUCGGUCAAGUCGGUGGUAUCAUCCUUGUGCUGCACGCAGCUCACAUUCUCGGUCGUCUUUCGGACAAGGCAUUCGAAGAGUACGUUGCACGACGCAAGGCUCGUCAGCACCAGACUUAUACUCGCAUGCACUCGGCUCUCACGAAGGAGGAUCUGGUGCGCAUCAAGGACAAUCGCCCUUGGCCCGCCGAGCUCGAGGACCAGGUGUUGAUGAACCUCAACGCCCGUGCGGUCGAGAUUGGCGACAGCUACGGCUUCAAGGCACCUCUCCCCCCUAUGCCUGCUCUCGCCACGGUCGAGGAUACCAUCGUUCCUGCGAAGCCCGCCAACGUGGCUGCUCAGCAGGAGAACCUGGAGAAGAUGAUGGGUCACGUCGCUGGCGUCGGCAUCGACUGCGAGAAGAUCUCGACAUUCCCUUCGGACAAUGACAACUUUGUCUCAAGGAACUUUACCGAUGUCGAGAUCGAGUACUGCCGCGCUCAGCCCGAUCCACGUGCUUCGUUCUGCGGUCGCUUCUGUGCCGCUGAAGCAGUUGUCAAGUCGCUGGGUGUUCGCACUCAAGGCGCCGGUGCCUCGCUCAAGGAUGUCGAGAUUGUGCCCACUCCUGAGGGCCCACAGGUCAAGCUGUACGGCGAGGCGCUCAAGGCCUCUAACGGCUCGCGCUUCCUAGUCUCGAUCUCGCACGGUGACGAUACGGCUAUGGCCAUCGUACACCGCUUGCCUAGCGCUUGA